AUGGAUAUGUCGACAGAUGAUGAAUUCCUGAGCCAGGAGCAGCGAGACCAAUUGUUUCGUGGAAUAUUUCCUACUGACUAUUCUGGCGAAGUGAUCUCGAUUAAGACUAACAGGGCAGAAUACAACAGACUCUUUGAAGCUUUUGAAAAUUCAACAAACAAGUUUGUCUUCCUUUUCCUACUAUCAUUUUGUACUGAUGCUUACUGUGAAAUAUAUAGGAGGAGUCAAUCCGCUAUUCUGAGAUUUGAUAAAACAUUUCACACCACUUCUAUCCAGCUACGACAGGUCUCCAUCCACGAAUGUGUUAUCAGUAAUGUUUCAGCUCAGCUACGAAACCUUAUACCACCGCACCCUAGACGAUUCUCCUUUAUGAAAAAUACGGAAAUUGAUGAUUACCUACCUGACCCCGACCUACAGAUGGUGUGGCGCUCAAAUAUGGGUGUUAUCCCAGUUCUUGCAAUGGAAAACAUUGAGAUAUGUAAAGCUAUGAUGCAAGCGAGCACCGAUAAACCUGAGCUACUUAUUGAUCAAUACUGCGCCGGACGAGAAUUGUUCAGUCCUGUGGUUCUAUACGGAAUUCAAUGGGUAGGAGAAUUGACUGCUGCAGUCCAAGUGUUUGGGAAGGACUCUGUGACUGGGGAAGUAGUUGCAAGGACCCCGAGAGUGCCUGCAAAGGGGAUCAAGCAGUCAGGGGCACCCCUCUACGAAGCGUACCCCAGCCUCAAUACCAAAUUCUCAGACUGCGUGGACUCAGACGAUGAAGCUUACAAUGUCGACUUAUCUCUAACGUGGGAUGACAUCCGAGAUGAUCUCGAUAUAGCGAAACGCAUGCUAGCUCGGAAAAGAUGCUCCGCCGCCGUUUCCCGACUGAAAAAAGAAGGAAAAAUUUGA